AAGCAAAUCAGCACAGUCUACGUUCCAACAUUAACGAUACCGCUAGCAAAUAAAUAAAGCUUACGGCAUCCAGUUUAACACUGCCUCUUUGUCUAUCCUAGUCUCUCUCUCUCUCUCUCUCUCUCUCUCUCUCUCUCUCUCUCUGUGUCAGAAUGGAGUGCUGCCUGCUGUCAGUGUGUGCAGUUUCUGCAGCUUUCCUGUUUGUCCUCUUCUAUUGGCUCGUGCAGCGUAAUGGAACAUGGGCAUUAAUCUGGCAUGACUUCAUCACCGAACGACUGCGCGACACGCUCACUCUCUCCACACGGCCUCAGCGCAUGCUGAAGGCAGUACAGAAGAAUGGCACUAAAGGAAAUCCUGAGAGUGUCAUCUCCGCUAUCGACUACUUCUGCAAGCACUCGGAAUGGGCCAUGAAUGUAGGCGAUGAGAAAGGCUCCAUUUUGGACUCAGUAGUGACUGAGGUGAACCCCAGUACAGUUCUGGAGCUGGGGACGUACUGUGGCUAUUCCACGGUGAGAAUCGCCCGCCUGCUCUCCCCAGGCACCAAACUUAUCACACUUGAGUUUAACCCGGUUAACGCCGCUGUCGCCAGGCAGAUCAUUGCCUAUGCUGGCCUACAAGACAAGGUGAUUCUCGUAGAAGGCUCAUCGGGUGAUUUGAUCCCACAAAUGAAGGAACGUUUUGGCAUCAAGACGUUUGACUUCAUCUUUCUCGACCAUUGGAAGGAUCGCUACCUCCCUGACAUCAAGCUGUUUGAGGAGUGUGGUUUGCUCAGGAAGGGCUCUGUGCUGCUGGCAGACAACGUGAUUUGUCCCGGAACGCCGGAAUACUUGGAGUAUGUGAGGAAUAGUCCUCGCUAUGAGAGUAAAUACUAUCCCGCCCACCUGGAGUACACCAAAGUGGAGGACGGUCUGGAAAAGUCUGUCUUCUUGGGAUAAACUAUAGAUUGUUUCCAAAAUCUACAACAGCAAAAACAACAAUAACAACAACAGAAACAAUAACAACAGCAACAAAAAUGACAGAAACAAAAACAAACAAUAACAACAGAAAAAAUAACAACAGCUGCAACAAUAACAACAGAAACAAAAACAACAACAGAAACCAUAUCAGCAAAAAACAAACAAAAGAAACAACUAUAGCAGAAACAACAACAGCAAAAAAACAAAAACAAAACAGAAACAAGACUAACAAAAACAACUAUAGCAGAAACAACAAUAGCAGAAAUAGUUACAACAGCAAAAACAGCAAUCUGUAAAAAGUUACCAUCGAAUUCAUUCAUUCAUUCAUUUUCUACCGCUUAUCCGAACUUCUCGGGUCACGGGGAGCCUGUGCAUAUCUAAGGCGUCAGGCAUCGAGGCAGGAUACACCCUGGACGGAGUGCCAACCCAUCGCAG